AUAAUUUGGCACAAGCGACCCAAAAAGUUUCUUCGUCCCUGAUCCCCAUAAACCAAUCUCUUCUUCUCUCCUCUGAACAAGAGAGAGAGAGAGGGGUUGCUGCCAUCCGCCAUUGCCGUAUAUCUCUUUAAAGUCCAAGUGGUCCUCAAAAACCCCACUUGUUCUUUUUGCUUUCUUAGAACCCCCUUUUCUUCGAAUCAUCUCCAUCCAUUUCUGACACCAAAUUUAGGGCUUUCUUACAAAUAUAGAUUUGGGUUUUUCCUUUCAUGAUAAUUAAUAUGCAACAUCAAGGUUUAUCUACGGUGGGUACCGGUGGUGGCUUUUCCGAUAUGGUGGUGUCCCUUUCGGCUGAUCAGCACCGCCAGAUGAAGGUGGAGAUAGCCAACCACCCUCUUUACCAACAACUUCUCUCCGCCCAUGUAGGGUGUCUUCGGGUUGCCACACCUAUUGAUCAACUGCCACUUAUCGACUCGCAACUCUCUCACGCGAACCAUCUCCUCCUCUCUUACAUCUCCGACCACCACCACCACCACCACCAACCUCUUUCCCCGGAAGACCGUCGCGACCUCGACAGCUUCUUGGCACAGUAUUUGGUGGUUUUAUGUGCGUUUAAAGAUCGCCUGCAACACCAUGUCAGAGUUGAUGCCGUCGAGGCUGUCAUGGCCUGCCGUGAAAUUGAACACAACUUACAAGCUAUCACUGGAGUAACGCUGGGAGAAGGGACAGGAGGAACAAUGUCGGAUGACGAGGAAGAUGAGAUGACGAUGAAUUUUCCGUUGGAUCAGUCGGGUGAUGUGUUGGGUUUUGGUCCACUUCAUCCUACCGAAUCUGAACGUACUCUUAUGGACAGAGUUCGUCAAGAGCUUAAAAUCGAACUCAAACAGGGAUUCAGAUCAAAAAUAGAGGAUGUACGAGAAGAAAUAUUGAGAAAGAGAAGAGCAGGAAAAUUACCUGGUGACACCACGUCUGUGCUCAAAGAUUGGUGGCAACAACAUUCCAAAUGGCCAUACCCAACUGAAGAUGACAAGGUGAAGCUGGUGGAGGAAACAGGGCUACAACUCAAGCAAAUCAACAAUUGGUUCAUCAAUCAAAGGAAGAGAAACUGGAAUACCAAUUCCAAUUCUAAUUCCAAGCGCAAAAGAUAAGAAUUGAAUAGAAAGCCUCAAACUUUUAGCUCAAGAAACACACAGUUGUGGGUAACUUAGUUGUUAAGCAUAUAUAUACGGUAACCAGUGCAUUGCAUGCAUGUAUAUGACUGAUUUCUAACACAUUUUCAUUUACCCUCUCGAUUUAUCCUAUAUUUUCUGACCUCGAAUCCAGAUUUUUCC